UCGACGGGUGAUCAAGAAGGCACGUGGCCUAGGGCAGCGGCCCCCAUUGCACGUGGGGGGGUGAGCUGCUCUACCAUCUCCCCAAGUGGGAGAGUGGGCGUCGUAAUUUGUGGUAUCGGGGGUACGCGUCCGCGCGGCCCCCACCCAAUGUCAUAUCAAAUUCUUCCUGUUGGGCUCAGCCUCGAGUCAAUAAGAAGCGGCGCUUCGUCCGGUCCACUUGUGAAGCGUCUGUCCGGUCCAAUGGUGCGUCAUGGGAUGAAAUCAAACGUUAUUAAAGGCGCCAUCGCCCAUUCAGCUGAAGACUUUCCAGAUCGCCGGUUGUCGGCCACCAUUACCAACCAUCGAGUCAAUGGACAUGCAGUCUGCCGACCUCCAACGCAAGCCUUCUGCGUUGUGUAUAUCAACCUCACAAGUUCUUCACCGUCUUCCCCAUCCCUUCAACACAUUUCUCCACUUUAUCGACUUAUCUCCGUUGAGCCAAGGCAGUGCCAAUGGACGUAACGGUGGAGAAAAGAGCCAUGAAGGGAGUGAGGUACCUCUGUGAAAAUGGCAUCACAAGGAUCCCUCCCAGGUACGUCUUGCCCCUCUCCGAUCGGCCCCAGCUCGCGCCGGCCGUUCGUAAACCCAAUCUCCAGCUUCCCGUCGUCGACAUCGGCCAGCUGCUUUCACCCGACCGCGCCAGCGUCCUCGAGACAUUAGACAGAGCUUGCAAGGAGUAUGGCUUCUUCCAGGUGGUGAAUCAUGACGUAGAUGGUGAGGCUAUUCGGAGAAUGAUCGACGUUGGGAAGAGAUUCUUCGAGCUUCCGUUCGAGGAGAGAGAGAGGUACAUGACGACCGACGUGAGGAGCGCAGUGAGGUACGGGACCAGCUUCAACCAGACCAAGGAUCGAGUGUUCUGUUGGAGGGACUUCUUGAAGCUGAGCUGCCAUCCUCACGACACUGUUCUUCCACACUGGCCUUCUUCUCCCACGGAUUUGAGGGAGGAAGCAGCUUCAUAUGCCAAGCACGUCAAGUCCUUGUUCUUGGUCGUCAUGGCGGCCGUCCUCGAGAGCCUCGGUGUGGGAACCUCCGCUCUCGACGAGUUCGACGCCGGAUCACAACUCAUGGUGCUGAAUUGCUACCCAGCGUGCCCACAGCCUGAUCUUACCCUCGGGAUGCCGGCCCACUCCGACUACGGCUUCCUCACGUUCGUCCUCCAGGACGAGGUCGAGGGCCUCCAGGUGCUGCACCGCGACGAAUGGAUCACCGUCGAGCCCGUCCCGAACGCCUUUGUCGUCAACGUCGGCGAUCACCUUGAGAUAUUUAGCAAUGGAAGAUACAGUAGCGUGCUGCACCGGGUGCUGGUCAACUCCUCCAGGUCGCGGUUGUCCGUGGCCUCCCUCCACAGCCUCCCGUUCGACAGCGUCGUACGGCCGUCGCCGGAGCUCGUCAACGAAGGGAACCCCAGGAUGUACGUGGACACGGAUUUCGCCGCUUUCCUGGACUACAUGUCCUCCUGCGAGCCCCAGCGCAAGAACUUCGUCGACUCCAGGAAGUUGCCCGCCGCCUAUAGUCAUCCAUCCAAAACCCGUUGACGUUGACUUGCCCUACCUGGUAUCCCUGUCCUAAGUCACGAGUCUAUUGUGAAAUACGAUUAUUGAGAGGUGUGAUGGAGUUUAUGAUACAUUGGAUCUCCUUCUAAUAGCUAAAUUUUGGGAUCAAUAGGAUCAAUAUAAAUUAUUAUCAGUAAACUCUUUAUCUUUGUUUUCCAAUUGUACAACAUGCAUGGUGCAUAAAGAGAUCAAAUCAGCCAAACGCAAUGCGAGAAACCAAGCGUUUCAGUGACAUCCAUGACAGCACCAAAAAGCUCAGCAGCUACGAAUGAUUUGUUAAUCAUGUCAGGGAAGACACUUCCCUGACAACCCACUGCAGAAGUCGCCAUUGCUUUGCUGACACCCUUUGGCAGAGCUCGCCAACUCCACGUGCAUGGAUGCGUUCCCUUCCAUGGAAGGCCGAAGACGCAGAAACAGGGUGGUCCUCUUUCUCCACUCGAUUACCUGUGAGUACUAAUUUCCCUACCCUCGAGGGAUAUGCUGGCUCAUGAUCCGCAAGGUAUCCUAUGAAACCUGUCGGAGAAAACAACAUGUUCUAGGAGUACUCUAACUUUUCAUGCUCACUGAAGCUCUACCUGAAGUGCCCAUUCCCAACCUGGUUAUUGUGUGCUGCAUGCUUCUCAGGUGAAGGUCGGUUGGUAGAUGAUGACAAGCAGAAAAAGAGAGAGUAGAAGAUAAAGACAUCCUAAAGGAAACCUUUGAGAAAGUAAAAGUUUUGAGGACAUCAGCUUGGAAUGAGUGGAAGAGAUAAGAAGGCCAACGGACACCAACCAACAACAUCCUUCACAAGAGCUCCACCUUCUUUAGUAAACCUUAGGGUUCAGUUGGCCUCCCCAAAGCUAACUCCUGUUUCGACUGACGCUUCGAUGGAGGGCGGCGAGGACGACGAGGAAUGCCACACACCGACGUCUGAAGAGAGUAGGCUGCCGGUCUUCCCGCGGAUCUGCCCGCCUGCGCCGAAGAAGACGAGGAGGUCGGCACCAUGCAAAAGGAGGCACUGGUCGUCGGAGCCGGAACUGAUCGUGGUCGGAACUGAAGAGAUGGAGCAGCUGUUCAGGUGGAGAGAUCAGCAAAACGAUGACCACAGUCUUGCAAAGAAGAGAAGGGUUCACAAGACAAGCGAGAUCUCAUCGUGAUUGCCCUCUUCAAAAUGAUUCUCGCAACUCUAUGCCUUGACUGAAACCCAUAUGUGUAAUGCAUACUCUCUCUCUCUCUCUCUCUCUCGUAUACUAAGAAGACAAGCUUAAUCCCUUAUAAUUAAGCCCUGCAUUCCAUAAUAAAGGUAAGCUUAUCCUUGCAA